CACUGUACAGUCUGUACUAUCUAACUUUUCGGUUCCUUGGACUUUGCAAUGUUUCACUUAAUAAAUCUACAAAACUUGUACACUCCUAAAAGCUUCAGUACAAGCAGAUAGAUUGAGGAGAGUUUAGAACUGGAGAUCCAGAAGCUUGUAACAAAGAACUUGUUGGAGGAAACAGACUUUCAGAAAAGGAGAUCUCAUGGAAUCUGCUGAUGAAUAUCAUAUCCAACAAAUAAUUAACAUCACAGAAAAUGUUGACCCUGCACUUUGGCCUCAGUGUUGCAUCUACAAUGUUCCUGCUAGUCUUUUCAAGGUGAAAGAGGAGGCUUAUACUCCUCUAGUGAUCUCAAUUGGCCCUAUCCACCAUAACAACAAAAAGCUGAAGGAAAUGCAAGAGCAGAAACAAAGAUACUUUCAUUUCUUUUGGGAACGCCUAUUUAGGAAACAUGAUUUAAUAAGUUACAAAGCCUUCCUUGAACAAGAAGAGCAAAACAUACGACACUGUUACCAAAAGAAAUUCCCUGAUAUCAGCAAGCAACAAUUUGUGCACAUGAUAAUGUUGGAUGCUGUUUUCAUCAUGGAGCUGUUUCUGAGGGAAGCAAAAAAAUGGGACCACAAAGAUGAUCCUGUAGUAACUCAACCAUGUCUUGGCAAAACUAUCCAGCGUGACUUGUUGCUACUUGAGAAUCAGCUUCCAAUUUAUGUGUUGGAGAAACUAUUUGAUACAGUUGUGCCACAAAACAGUGUCAAAAUGCAUACGCGAUUUGUGACGCUUGCACACCAAUACUUAGCAUCUUGUUACCCUUAUCAGGAAUUAUCUUCAGAAAGAAAGUUUGAGCAAAAGAAGUGGGAGAAAUCUCUACAUUUCACUGAUUUGGUUAGAUAUACCUAUCUACCCAUGAAACUGAGCACUCAGCACAAAAAUUCUGAGAAAGAGUGUGUGCUACUGAGGACUGCAACAAAGUUGAGUAAGGUUGGGGUGAGCUUUGAGAAGGUUCAUAAUAGAUGCUUACUUGACAUAAAGUUUGAGAAGAAAAUCUUCAGAGCUCCACUUCAAAUCCCCCAGCUAAAAGUGGACCACACAACAGAAUGUGUUCUUAGGAACCUAAUAGCCUUUGAGCAGUGCCACUAUCCUGAGGAGCCUUACAUUUGCAAUUAUGUUUCUGUAAUCAACUCUCUUAUUCGCACCAAAGAUGAUGCAGAACUGCUGGUUGAGAAAGAAGCCAUUGUCCAUGAACUGAGAAGUGAUGAAGAUCUGGCAACUCUGGUUAACAGUCUUUGCAAAAAUGUUGUCACAAAUUCAACAUGUUACCGCAAGGUUAUGGAAGAUCUCAAUGAACACUAUAACAGUGAUUGGAACAGGACUCUGGGUACAUUAAAGUGGGUUUACUUCAAAGACCCUUGGAGAAGCAGUUCUACUGUGUUGGGGAUUGCGGUCCUAAUAUUCAUCAUCUUCACAUUGUGUCGUAUUAUCAGUGAUUUCCUUUAGUUGCUUGAGAAUUAUAUAUUGAACUACCUUUUCUAGAUUACAUCAUUAUAGUGAUUGGAGUGUAA